UGCAGCAGCUGCUGAUUUCGAGCUGUCAAAGUAGCCCAGAACUGUCAACAACAACACAUAAAUUCAGCAGCCUUAGCCAUGCUUUCCUCUGGUGCAAUGGAGUGGCUAUGGAGUGGCCUGCCCACCCAGUAUUGUGUGGAAUGAAGAAGGACCGUAUCACCCUGCGUCUUUCCUCUCCGGUCCUUCACCCCAACUAAAAUCUGUCAUGGCCUCCAUCUACCCACCCCCCUUUGAGGGCACUGGAGAAGUGAAGGAGGGCUUCCUUUGCCCGCUUUGCCUGAAAGAUCUGCAAUCAUUUUACCAUCUCCAGGAGCACUAUGAAGAUGAGCACUCUGGGGAAGACCGCCAUGUUAAGGGACAGCUGAAAAGUUUGGUUCAGAAGGCUAUAAAGGCCAAAGACAAGCUUCUGAAGAGUGUUGGAGAGGAAAGACCUGAGACAGGCAGCUAUGAGUCCUUCUACUAUGGCGGAGUCGACCCAUACAUGUGGGAGCCUCAGGAACUGGGGGCAACAAGAAGCCAUUUGGACUUUUUCAAAAAACACCGCGCAGAAAGGAUAGACCACUAUGUCAUUGAAGUUAACAAACUAAUCAUCAGACUGGAAAAGCUGACAUCUUUUGACCGAACCAACUCAGAUGCUGCCAAAAUCAGAGCGAUAGAGAAGUCUGUAGUAGCAUGGGUGAAUGACUCAGAUGUCCCUUUUUGUCCGGACUGUGGGAACAAGUUCAACAUUCGGAACAGGCGGCACCACUGCCGUCUCUGCGGGUCCAUCAUGUGCAGGAAGUGCAUGGAAUUUGUCCCUUUGCCGUUGGCUUAUAAGCUAACCACUGGAACAAGGGAAGCCCUAUGUGCUCCUGGAAGCCCAGGCCAAUCCCAGCCUGCCCCAGCAGGGGGCAGCAGCACUGGAAUGGGCUCCAGGAGAGGCAGUAUAAGUAGCCUUAGCAGUGUCACCUCCAUGCUGGAGGAGAAGGAUGAUGAGAAAAUUCGCUGCUGCCGCCACUGCAUGGACACGCUGCUGAAGAGGCAGCAGAAGCUGGAGGAGAAAGAUCAUGUGCCUGACAUAGUCAAGCUUUACGAGAGGCUGAGGUUGUGCAUGGACAAGGUGGAUGAGAGGGCUCCAGAGUACACCCGAAUGGCUGAAUCUCUCAAUGCUGGAGAAACCACAUACAAUCUGGACACUGCUGGUGGACUGAGAUUGGAAGUACAGAAAUACUAUGAACUAAUUGAUGCACUAAGUAAGAGAAUUUUAACACUGGGAACAAAAGAGGAUCCACCACCCCACCCAAAGACCCUCCAGCUACAGAGGAUGAUCCGCUAUACAGCCACACUGUUUGUCCAGGAGAAGUUGUUAGGUCUGAUGUCUUUACCAACCAAGGAGAAGUAUGUGGAGCUAAAGGAAAAGAGAAAACUGGAACAGGAGAAGAAACUCCAACAGGAGAGACUGGCUACCCAGGAGUCUCUGAAGAGGAGGCAAGAGUCAGAGAAAAACCGUCUGAUCGCCAGCACCAAUGGAGAGCUCCCACAGGGCCCCAGAGCCCCACGCAUGACCAAGGCUGGUGGUUGGUUGCCCACCUCAGACUCUGUCCACACACGCAGUGAGAUAGAAGACCCAUUGCUCCAGCAGAUAGAAAACAUUCAGUCUUUCCUACGUCAAGCUCGCGAGGCCCGACGAACAGAUGAAGUAGCCAUGCUGGAGGAGAACUUGCGUCAGCUGCAAGAUGAAUAUGACCAGCAGCAGACCAGCCUGGCCAUUGCACUCUCCCAGAAGCUGGCCAAGGAGGAGAGCUUACAGCAGGAGGAGCUCCAUCGCCUGGAGGUGCGAGAGAGGGAGGAGAGGGAGCAAAUGCCUCUAGCUCAAGCCUCCAGUCAUCCCUCCUUCACUUGGGAGAGCUCUCUGGGCUUUCAGGAAGAGGAAAACAAGGAAGCAGAAGAACAGACUCAUAAAGCUGAAAGAAGCCCCCCAGCUUUGAGGGUUUCCCCUUCUCUGGCUGGCCAGGAAGAGUCGCCACCCAGAUUAAGGAGUUUAGGGGGUCAUGUCACACCCCCUGGUGGCGAUGGACAGAGCAGCAGCUCCCUUAACCCAUUUGAUGAAGAGGACUCUACUCCCAUUGAGGAUGAUCCGUCCAAUCCCUUUUUUGAGGAGAUACAAAAAGCGCAACAAAAGGUGACCAAUGGCAAGAAAGAGUACAACCCGUUUGAGGAGAAGAAGGGUGAGGUGGAGGGGCAGGCCGAGACCACACCUAGCAACCCUUUUGAAGAGGAGGAUGAAAAUGACGCGGGCAACCCUUUCGUGGAGACCUCUGGGAAUUCCCCAGGAGUCUCGACCAACCCUUUUGAUGUGGAGGAUGAUGAUGAAGAGGCUCUGCCAGACGUUGACAUGAUAGAGGAAGAACUGCUGCUGCAGCAGAUUGACAACAUUAGAGCCUACAUCUUUGAUGCCAAGCUUAGCGGCCGUCUUGAUGAGGUAGAGCUGCUGUCACAGAACCUGAGAGAGUUACAGCACACCCUGCAGGAACAGAAGAAAAAAAAACACUGACACCUUCCAUGUAGAAUGUCUGUAAUCACCUACUAUUUACAGGGUUAUCCAUCUGGUUCUAUCAAAAGGCUAUCUCACUUUGAAUGACUAAUGAGCCCAUUGAUUUUGGUUUGGGUGAAGUCAGCUGCAUCACAUAAGGUUAGCUCUAUAAUUAUAUAUGAACGUUAUCUCAAUAUUGACUAAUUUCCCUCAUUUGCAAGCAUUGCAGAACAUUGUCAUUAAAGCCAUGUUGGCAAUUGUUAAUUUUACUGAUGUUGUUAACCUUGUUAACCAUCAUCAGUGAAAGCUGGAACAAAGGAAUAAUGGCAGCUAAUCAGAAUUUCUGUUUUUCAUCCAUGUGGUUGGUCGAUAUCUAAUAUGAGAAUAGUCUAUGGCCCUGGUGAAAUAUGAGUAUAGCCAUGGCUGAGGGUAAGUGACUGGGAGUCAUGGGGCAACUAAAACAUGUUUCAAAAUUCAUGACCAGAUGUUUUCAUUCAUUGGCAGCACUUUCUGCAGCAAUAUGAGUUAAUUUGGGGCAGAGUUAAGAAACAUGUUGUUGCCUUUGUGCCUUGUCAGCAUUUGUUAACUUCUCUUUCCUCUGUCCAUGACGUGGUUUAGCCUUGUGAGUCAGAACAGUCUCCUGAGUCAUUCAUAUUGAUCUUUUAUGGAGGAAAGGAUUAAAAAGGCCCGCCCGUCCAAAAAGUGGACAGUCCAAUCAACUGAAGACUUAGGGAGCUGCAUAGUAUACAUGCACAGCAGAACUGAAAAUAAUUGCGGCCGUAGUGAAUUAUUGAAUUGGUUGUCGGGAGGCGUAUCACAGAAUGUGUCAUAUGACACAUUGACAGUAUGUGUCGUUUGUCUCUGCUGCUGCUGUUUAUAUUUCUGUCGCAUCAUGUCUCAGGCAAGUAGCCAAGCUGUGAUUGGACCAUCCACUUUUUGGAUGUGCCCGAGUUGAUGAAAUUGCUCUCAAAGAAAGGGAGGCCAGACCAUAUUCCCCAAGAAAGAUCGGAUUGAAUGACUUGUGAGAUUGGCCUGGUGUCAUGAGACCAGUUAUCAUAAACAAAAGAGCUAAAUCAUGCAUUGCAAUUUAGUAUUUGCCAUUAAAGCUGGACACACACCGGCAGAGCAUCAAGUCAAAUGACAUGCCAUGCGCCGUCUGUAGCACAAACAAGGAUUGCCAGCCGACACGCUUCACAUAUGAAAAGCACUGUUUUUAGCACUGCUCCAACACAUUUCCCCCAAAGAAAAAAUCUAUAGGAGCGUUGAUGCUGGAGAAUAGAGCUGUGUUCUGAGCAUGCACAUCAAGAACACACACAUUGACAUAAGGCUUGACUCUGCUAGUGUGAUUUUAAGUAGAAAUGAAUAGGAAGUGUCUUACUUGAUAAGCAUCAACCAGUGUCAGUAUGGUCUGAACUCAGGUCAGACAACAAUCCAACAAAUAAACGGAUUGGGAAAAAAAAAUACUAACAAAAAUUUUCAAUCUAGUAGGGUAUGUUUCAGGAAUAGGUAGCAUAUAACUGCUAGAGGGAUAUUGACCAUAAUAUUAACAAUGCUACCGAUUCUGUCUGCGCUUUUAGAGGUGCUGUUAAGGAGCCUUUGACUGUUGGUUUAAAUAGAUUUCUAUGGUAAAAGCACAAGGCACACUACAAAGGAUCAAGUCAUAAUGUCAUUUGAUUUAUUUAACCACGUUAAGAUCUUUGAAUUUAGCAGGA